UGCAUCAAGUAUGCUGGAUAUUUGUAUUUGAUUGGAUUUUGUCACAAUAUUUGUGUCGUCACGCUGGUUCGGUAUUAUGUUUGAAUAUAUUGAUAUUAAAUUGGUAUUCGGUUCGAUUAAACAAAUUCGACAAAUGCAAAAAAUGUCCAUUUUCCAACAUCAAAAUAUAAACAAUGCCAAUUCAAUGUGUAUGCAAUUGACUCGAUAGCCCAAUAAAAAUCGUAUCUCCUUAGCCCAAAAAUUACGAUUUGAAUCAAUAUGUACUCAGUGUGUCUGUGUGUGCGUGCGUUUUAUUUGACAACAAACUGAAUAAACAAUACGAUUGGCGCUAUGCAUACACCACAAUAUGAAGUUGGCUGCGCUUCGCGUUCGGUUCAUCAGUGUUAGAAUCGUUGAACUGUCAAUGUGUUUAUGAAGCAAUGAUGCGAAAACAGCAUUUUAAACGAGUGAGUGAGUGAGUGUGUGUGAGUAUUUGUUGCGCGAAAAAGACAUUUUUUUCUCAUCGCUAUUCCGUCAAAGUUCAACUAAAAUCGAGUGAAAAGAGAAAAUUAAACCGAGCAAAUAAAUUGUGCUUCAUCAAUUCAGUCAUGUAUAUCAUUCAGUGUGCGAUUGAAUGACAAAAUUUUCACUGGAAAAAUCCGCCAAUUAUUGAGUCCAAUUGAAAAUAUUUCGAAGGAGUGUUGAUCAGCCAUUGAAGCGACAUAGUGUUUACAAUUACAUUAGUAUGCCAAGUUCAAGUAAAUGUUCGGCCACAAAUGAACCGACCGCCAUUGUAUCUGAAAUAAGUAAAUCGAACCAUAUCACGAUCAACGAUAACGGCAUAAAAGCAAUCACCACCAAAAUACCGACACACAAAUUUUAUGGCGAACAAUCGGUGCCGUCGUCGUCGUCGUCGUCGUCAUCAUCAUCGUUACUAUUAACGAAACAGUCCAAAGCUGAACAAACAGAUAGUAAAAAAUUGACUAGUAAACAAAAUGACAAUUGCUGCAACUCAUCGUCGUCGUCGUCGAAUGGAACAAUGACUGGUAGACUGAGGAACAUCCGAACGGAUGACGAGGUGCUCGUUCGAUUCGAUGUUGAACACUUUUAUUUAGGCAUAAUUAAAGAGAUCCAAGACGGUUUGUUGCUCAUCCGGUUCGCAGAUGGCACGGAAAAAUUGGCAAAACCCAGUGAAAUAACCAAAUUGAACGUGAACACAGAUGAGGAACGGUCAUUGUGUGUAGUGUGUAAGGAAUAUGAUGAAAUCGUGCAAGUAUGUUCACAGUGUCAACGUGGUUAUCAUAAAAAGUGCAUUAAACUUUCAAAAAGUGAUGAAUGCUCGACCACCAAUUGGUACUGCCACAAGUGUUCCGUCACGUUGGUCGACACGAAUGAACGACCUGCCGUUCAAACGGCAACAACAGUUGCCAAGAUACAAAUUCAAGAGAGUUGCUAUUGCGAUGAAAAAGGCGAAUGGUUCAUGCAAAUGUUGCAGUGUGCGAGAUGUCUUCAAUGGUUCCACGCCAAAUGUAUUAAAUGUCUCAAUUUCCCACUGUACUUCGGAGACCGAUUCUAUUUAUUCGCAUGCGCUAGAUGCAAUCAUGGUGUGGAAUUUCUACGACGAUUACACAUGAACAUAGAAGAGGUAGUGCAUUUGUUGCUGUUUAAUUUAACGCUACAGUUUAGAAAACGAUACUAUAACUUGACCAACGUGAUAUACCCAUAUGCACGAGAUAAUUGGCUUGCAUUGCAAUUACCGCCCAAACUGAAAAAUAUGAUGCUGAGUGACGUCAAGGAUGAAAUAAUGAAGGCGUUGAAAGCCCACACAGAUCGCUUCAAACCAGGUAGCGAAAUAAAGAAGAAAAUUCUCAACUGGGCAUUAGUAUCGCGCACACCGCCCAAAGCACCAAACAUUGUACUGCCACCCGGACCAUUAUUGACUGAGAAAUACAUUAACGAUUUGUUCAAAGAAGAAGCUAGAAUCAAUUUCAUGGCACAAAAUAUUCACAAUCCGUCGGAAGUAACAUUUAACGACGCAAAAAUCAAGGAUUUGAUGGCUGGUAAGAACGUUGCAUCGCAUAUAAACACAUCUGAAGACAGUUCGGACGAUAUGGAUUCGGGUGCAUUUAGUUCAACAUCCGACGAAGAUAUAUUCGCCAAUUUCAAUAUUAAAGAUGCAAUCAGCAUACAGACCAAAAACUCUAACCAAGAAACCGAAACGACAACAGUAUUUAGUGAAAAACCAGUGAAAGGACGCAAAUCAAGCCAACCACAGCUCGGACAAAGUGAAAAAUCCAAUGACACUUCACUCGAUUUCAAUUAUUCUUCGGAUGACACAUUCACACUGGACGCCAUUAUUCCGCCGCCAAAAAAUUUCUCUGGCAUCAACAAUCCAUUUUUGAUUGAUACCAAUGCCUGCCACGAUAGCCGUUCAUUCGGUGCUGCCACUUUGAAUAAGUGUAAUACACUGGUAAAGUGUACGACAAAUAGUGAAAAUGUUGUUCCUUCGAUCACCGCACCGGCCACCAAAGUCGGCGGCCAAGUUCAAUUGGUGCGAACGGUCAAAAGACGUUUAAGUGCAAAUGAUAUCAUAAUUGGGCCAAAUAUGGAGGUAAAACGCCGCAAGUUGAAAAAACGUUUAGAAAAUGUUGAAGUAAUUAGCACAUCGUCCCUGGCGGAUCUACCAAAAUCGGCCACUUACCUCCCGAUCAGCGCCGAUUCAAAGCGAAUUUCAAUCACAGCAUUGCGUUCAACACUCAAAGACUUUCCUUUGAAAACGAAACCCAUUGAUAAUAAGAAACGUGGCACGAGCCUCGAUUCAAAUAUGUUUGGCGAACAAAGCUCAUCCGCAUCCAGCCAACCGGACUCGCAAUCAAUUACAACGAGCACCUCUCUCAUUAGUUCAAUUUCCUCAUCACCCAUAAAAGACACAUUAAAAGAAGAAUCCAUGGCUGAUUUACAGUCAUCGUUGAGCAUAUAUUUUGGUGGCGUUGUUAAUCGCUUGGGGAACGGAGAAAAUUUUGCUGUCAAAGGAAAGCGUAUUUUAUCGGAUGGGCGACUUCAGUAUUUAAUAGAGUGGGACGGUGUUUCAUAAGAAAAUUAAAGAAAAUGCGCAUAUUCCUAACCUCAUGACAUAUUUCCAUGGAAUUGCGCGAUGUCACACAUAAUAUGGAUUUUAAAAACAAAAUAGUACAAGAAUGCUGUACAUUUCUUACCUUCAUUAUUCUUUUAAGAACAAAUCAUCUUGUUACAUCUGGAUUCGGUCUAAUACUAUGGAAAUAUAUGCUGAAAAAAUCAUCGGAAAUUACGAAAAAUUUCUGUGGAAAAAAUGUUAAAUGUGAAUUAUUCAACGUUCAUCGAUCAUAUUUGUUGGUUCAUUUCAUUGAGAAGAAUUUUUCUUUGUAAAAUGUCGGAAUAUAUCACGGUUCCAAUAUUAUUUAUUAAAUUAUUAUCUUUUAAUAGUUAGAACCUGCUUAUUGAAUUUAGUUCAAAAGAUUUAAUGACGAGAAAACAGAAAAAAAAAACACAGGGCUGAAUAUACAAAACGAAACGAAAAAUAAACGAAAUUAGAGAAGGCUAAUUAAAUACUAAUUAUUUUUGUAUUAAAAUUUAAAAUCAAUAUCUACAGGUAACUAGAGUGUGUAUAUUUUUUUUGACCAAAAUGGAAUCGAAUUUUAGCGCACACCUUUUAACAAUUAUAUUCCAAUCGACUAUCGAAUGAAAAAAAAAUCACAUGGAAUUCAUAAAUGUCUAAUAAAAAAAAAGAUGUAAAAUUAUAUAGUA